AUGAAUAAUUAUUAUUAAUUGAUCAAUCAAAUAUCCCUACCCAAAUAACAAUUACAAAUCCAAACCAAUCCAGAUGUUAUCAAUUUCAAUCUCAAUAACAAUACUUACAUUAAUAAAAUCAAAUGUCAAACACAUUUAACUAAUUAAAAUAAAAUUGAAUAAAAUAUCAAGUUAUACAAAGAUUAAUCAACUUAAUGUGAAUUAUUCACAUAAGAUCAAAAUACACAAUGUUCUUAAAUUUUAGAACAUGAUCCAAAAUUAAUAUAACUAGUAUAAUCUAAAAUUACUUAUACAAAUGAUUUACUCUCAUAAAUGGAAUCCGUUGAUAUUAAUGAUUUUCAUGAUUUUUAACCCAGAUAAGCAAUCUCUAUAUAAUAAUCAUUAUCUGGAUCAUCUACUUUGAUGGCUAUUGUCUAAGUUAAUAAUAACAUUAUAUAUGAAUAAUUGUUAACUAAUCAAAAUUAGAAUUUCUUAAAUACAAUUUCUCAAUUAACUAACAAUAAAACAAUAGAUGAUAUUAAAAUUUUAAUUUAAUAAUAUUUAGAUAUUCUAACUUUAAUAAAUUAAGGUCUUAUUACUCACAAUUUUAGAAAAAAUUAUAGUAUUGUUGAUUAAUUAUCUUUUAAUGAAAACUGUUUUGAAUAACAAUCUCCAGGAUGGCUAUUAACUCCGACAAUCAAAAUUGUUGAUAGCUAAAACUUUUCUUCGGAUUCGCUGAUCACUAAUAAAUGA